AUGUACCUCAAAAAAGCAUUGUCCUCCGGUGUUCAGCCUUUUGAGUGCCAAGUCUGCCAUAAAGCGUUUGUUUCGCAACAAACUUUAAACAGCCACAGCAAAAUUCAUAACAAGGAUCAAUAUCACCAAUGUCCUCAAUGUCCCGCGAAGUUUGCGCACGCAGGGAAAUUACCCAUUCAUAUACGCACCCAUCAUACCGUGGAAAAGCCUUUUGUUUGCAAAAUUUGUAACAAAGCGUUUGCUGUAUCAUUCCAGCUGACUAGUCAUAUGCAUACGCACAACGACAAGAGGCAAUUUAUUUGUCAUUACUGUUCUGCUAAAUUUACCUAUGCGACAACACUCGAAACCCACAUUCGUCGAACCCAUGCCAGUGCAGAAAUUCCCAGCAGGCCUUAUCAGUGCAAAAUUUGCAACAAAUCUUUCAAAACACAUUCCACCCUGAUACAUCAUAGAAAAAUUCAUACCAAUGGCAGACAACAUGAAUGUUCUCAGUGUCCCGCUAAGUUCUACGACCCAUCUUCCCUCAAAAUACACAUCCGCUUUCAUACCGGAGAAAGGCCUUAUGUAUGUAAAGUUUGCGACAAAGCGUUCUAUACAUCCUCUCAUCUAAAAACGCAUUGUAGAACCCACAACAAAGACGAACAGUAUCAAUGUACCUAUUGCCCGGCUAGGUUUGCGCAACCUGCUUACCUUAAAAUUCAUAUUCGUAGGCACACCGGUGAAAGGCCUUUUAUGUGCGAAAUUUGUGCUGCUAAUUUUAAAGAUGAAACGUCGCUUAAAAACCACAUCCGUCGAAUCCACGAAGCAAUACCUAGCAAAACUGUUGAGUGUAAAAUAUGUAACAAAGUUUUAAGUUCACUAAGCAUAUCUAAGCAUAUGAAAACUCACCAAUCCUCAUCAACAAAGCUUAAAAGCAACAUCCGCCGUACACCCGCCAGACCCGGACGAACACGCAGCACUAAUGUAGAGUGCAACUUAUGCAACAAAGUCUUAAGUUGCCAAAGCAGCUUAAAGAAACAUAAGAGAACUCACGAACCCAAGUUAGAGGCGGACAAAAAAUAUCAGUGUCCUAAAUGUCCCUCUAAAUUCUACGAAUCAGGUGCUCUUCAAAGGCAUAUCCGCCAUCACACCGGAGAACGACCUUAUGUGUGUAAAGUGUGCGACAAAGCAUUUCAUACAUCAACGAAUCUGAAAACGCAUGGUAAAACCCACAACAAGGACCAACAGCAAUAAUGCGGUCCUGACAGAGACCUGUGCCCAGGGUGGGGACACCAGAAAGUUUCACCGUAUCGAGAACAAUUUAAAAAAUAAAUAAAUAAAUUACA